AUGGAGGAGGGAGGAGGAGGAGGAGGAGGAGGAGGGAGGAGGAGGAGGAGGAGGAGGGAGGAGGAGGGGAAGGACUUGAGGGUGGACGUGGACAAAGAGUACGAAGCGAUCCAAGAGCUGGGGGAAGGAUGGUUCGCGAAAGUGAUACUGGUGGAGCACCGAAAGACCGGCACCGAGGUCGUGCUCAAGGCCAUCUCCAAGGACUCGACCGACCUCAAGGAUUUCCUCCGGGAAUUCCACUAUUCGUAUUUCCUGAGCCCGCACGUGAACGUGCUGAACACGUACGACGUGGCCUUCCAGGACGCGGGGGCCUACUAUUUCGCGCAGGAAUUGGCCCCGUUGGGAGAUCUCACGUCGAACUUGGGGGAAAACGGGAUCGGGGAGUCGGGCGCGAAGCGAGUGGCCGUGCAGCUGGCGUCGGCCUUGGAGUUUUUGCAUUCCAAGUCGCUCGUGCAUCGGGAUCUCAAGUUGGAUAACGUGCUGGUCUUCGCGGGGGACUUUUCGAGGGUGAAGCUGGCGGAUUUCGGGUCGACGGUGAAGGCGGGGACGCAGGCGAAGAAGGACUCGGCGUGCAUGAUGAUGGUGCCGUACACGCCGCCGGAGAUCUGCGACGUGUUCCCCGAGGAGUUCUACGCGGUGGAGACGGGGUCGGACGUGUGGCAGCUGGGGGUCAUCGCGUACGUCUGCCUCACCGGCUGCCUCCCCUGGGCCAAGGCGGACAUCACGGACCCGAAGUACUGCCAGUUCCUCAGGUGGCACCGACAGCGAGGCAUCAAGUCCCAGGCGCCGUCACACUUCCACCGGUUCUCGCACAAGCUCCAGCGCCUCCUCAGGCGGAUCCUGGAACCGAAGCCGGAGAAGCGCGGGGACGUGGGGGAAGUGCUCAAGGCGGACACGAAAGACCGAUGGCUCCUGCGAUCUCCCGAGGCCUCUUGGGCCUUCUCGGAGCGGGACGAUCCCUGCAGCCUCGCGUAUUCCGUGGCGAGCAGUCGGGAGGAGAAGAACAGACUUCUGGCAACCCUGCUCCGGCACGGGGUGGAGACGACGGUGGAUCGGGAGGCCAAGAAGGAGUGGCUGAGACAGUGGGUGAUGGACUCGCAGCCCAGAUCCACUAAGUGAUCCCAUUUGUGACAUGAAUUUUCAUCUUAAAAUUUAUAUAUUUCGAUGAUUUCAUCGAUUACGAGUGGACCAGAGACGCGUUUGACUUGAUUUUAUUCGCCCCAUUCUCUCUUCCUCUUCGUGUGAUACAUGUGAUUGCUGUUCCUACGGAAUAAACCAUGCAAUACAAUGAA